AUGCUCUAUAAAGAUUUGGACACCCAUAACCCUCAAAGGCCUUCCCCAGUCACGACAUUUAUUGCUUCUCGUGAUUCCACAACUGGUGUUACAGCCAGAAUUUCAAGAUUUCCGAACCCUGAGAGAAGAUCUCCUCCUAUAUCUUAUGCAGAUGUUGAAGCUUUGGGGAAUUCUGAUCAAAAUGUCAUAAGAAUUAAGCCUUCUUUGUCUCCUCCUAGACUGGGAAGCACAUCAAAUGUUCCAAGGACUGUCCCUCAUUCUCAAACCCACCAGAAAUCUUUUCCGUUUGAUGUUCCUGAAGCCACUGUAAGCAAGCCCAUGAGCUCCACUGCUUCUAAAAGAACAAGAUCACCUCCUUCAUCAUUUGCAGCCAAUGAAACCCUUGAAGGAAACACAAUUUCCUCUGAAGACAACUCUGAACGUGAAAUUUUAGCCAAGGCAAAGCGUUUAGCUCGGUUCAAAGUAGAACUAAGCAGAUCUGAACAAAAUAUUACUGAUAUUCCCGACCAGAAGGCUUUUGCAAAUAGACAUGAACAGUUUGUGUUGGAGCCAAAAUAUGCGAAAGGGCAUUUAGUAGAUUCAGCUAGCAACUUUAGCAGUGGCCAUGUAGUUUCUGAUAAUGAAGUCUUGGAAGCUUCCAAUGUAAUUAUUGGCUUAUGUCCAGAUAUGUGUCCUGAGUCAGAAAGGGGAGAGCGUGAAAGAAAGGGGGAUCUUGACCAAUAUGAACGUGUGGACGGGGAUAGAAAUGUAACUAGCAGACUUCUUGCUGUUAAGAAGUAUACUAGGACAGCAGAGAGGGAAGCCAGUUUGAUCCGGCCGAUGCCCAUCCUGCAGAAUACAAUUGAUUAUCUACUCACAUUGCUAGAUCAGCCUUAUGAUGAGAGGUUUCUUGGCGUGUACAACUUCUUGUGGGAUAGGAUGAGAGCAAUUCGGAUGGACCUGAGAAUGCAGCACAUUUUCAAUCAAGGGGCUAUUACUAUGCUGGAACAGAUGAUAAAAUUACAUAUCAUUGCAAUGCAUGAAUUAUGUGAAUACACUAAAGGAGAAGGAUUUUCAGAGGGCUUUGAUGCUCAUCUCAAUAUUGAGCAGAUGAACAAAACUUCAGUUGAACUGUUCCAGAUGUAUGAUGAUCACAGAAAGAAAGGAAUAAAUAUUCUGACUGAAAAAGAGUUUCGAGGCUAUUAUGCUCUUCUUAAAUUGGAUAAGCACCCUGGUUAUAAAGUUGAACCUGCAGAACUCUCCCUUGAAAUUGCUAAGAUGACUCCAGAGAUAAGGCAGACUCCAGAAGUUCUAUUUGCCCGCAGUGUUGCAAGAGCGUGCCGAACCAGUAAUUUUAUUGCCUUCUUUCGGCUUGCAAGAAAAGCAACUUAUCUUCAAGCAUGUCUAAUGCAUGCUCACUUUGCGAAGUUGCGAACCCAGGCGCUUGCUUCUCUACAUUCUGGUCUACAGAAUAACCAAGGAAUCCCUGUUGCUCAUGUUGCUAACUGGCUUGCUAUGGAGGAUGAAGGCAUAGAAGGUCUCUUGGAGUAUCAUGGAUUCUUGCUAAAAAUAUUUGAAGAACCUUACAUGGUGAAGGAAGGUCCAUUUCUCAAUGUUGGUGUUGACUAUCCCACAAAGUGUUCAAAACUUGUGCAUAAGAAAAGGUCUGAAAGGAUAAUUGAAGAUAUUUCACUCUCAAUUCAAGCAGAAUCACCACAUGUUGAGACUAUGAAAGAGAUCCAAAUAAGGAAGACACACAAGCAUGAACCACAAGUAGUUUCAUCUGUUGAAAAUGAUAGUUCUAUCCAAAAGCUUGAUGAGGAAAUUCCAGACGCAGAAGCUAUUUACUCUCCUGAGGAUGGUAAAUCAGGAAAGGCAUUUAAGGAUGUUCAGGACAGUCGAAAAGAUCAAGAUAUUUCUAGUCCUCGUCCAUCGCCGCUGAGCUUCCCUUUUCCUAAUAAUAUACCUGAACAACAACUUACUAGAAUUGCUACCAAUUCAGAAUUGAUUGGUCGAGGCUCUCCAAUGAAAAACUUUCAGUUUAGUGUUGAACAAAAUCCAUUGGAGAUUAUAUCAAAAGCAGCUCCACCAGAAAGUUCAUUAGGUUAUAGUUUUUCUGUGCCAACUCCUGUGGCCCAGGUUGUAUCCAAGGAUGAGUCUCUGAUAAUUCACCAAGAGUAUGAAGAUGAAAUUAAUGAAGUUAAAGAAAAUUGUCAAGAUGAAGAAAUUACCGAGGCCAAGCUGAAGUUUUUCUUAAGGUUAUGGAGGAGGCGAGCAUCAAAAUUAAGAAUGUUACGUGAAGAGAGGCAAUUAGCAUCAAAUGUUGCACUAGACUCUAUACCAUUGGGUCCCCCAAUUCAACAUUAUAUAGAUCGACCUGGUAACUUUGAUAAGUUUGACAUCGAUAUAGCUAUGAGGGAGAGAUAUGAAAAACACGAGAAGUCAUGGUCAAGACUUAAUGUUUCUGAAAUAGUUGCCGUUACACUAGGCAGAAGAAAUCCAGAUGCUAAAUGCUUGUGCUGGAAAAUUGUUCUAUGCUCUCAGAUGAAUACUGGGUAUGAAAUGGGGGCAGCAGGCACUUGGUUGACCUCAAAGUGCAUGCCUUGUAGUGAUGAAGAUGUGGUUAUUUCAUCUCCUGGCUUGGUAAUAUGGAGGAAAUGGAUUUCUAAUCAAUCUGGCAUCAAUCCUUCCUGCUACCUCUCUGUAGUUAGGGAUACAGCAUUUGGUAGUCUAGAUGAGGCAGUAUCUGGGGCAGGUGCGGUUAUGUUUCUUGUGUAUGAGAGCAUCUCAUGGGAACUUCAGAGGUCUCAUCUUCAUAAUCUUCUGAUGUCAAUUCCAUCUGGGGCCUGCUUGCCUCUGCUGAUCUUAUGCGGCUCAUACGAUGAAAGGUUCUCUUCUGCUAUAAUUAAUGAGCUGGGCCUUCAAAACAUUGAUAAAUUGAAGAUUAGUACCUUUCAGCUUGUUUUUCUCUAUGAAAAACAGCAGAUGGAACACUCGGGUGGAUUUUUCAGUGAUACACGAUUAAGGGAAGGGCUGGAAUGGCUGGCAUCUGAAUCACCCUCGCAACCCAACCUUGGCUGUGUGAAAAUACGAGAACUUGUUCAGGGCCAUCUUAAUUCUUUCCCAGGAGUGCAGAACAUUGUUAUCAACUCCAACUUGGGGCCUAAUGACUGCAUCUCAUUGUUCAAUGAAGCCUUAGAUCGCUCAAUAAAGGAAAUUGUGGCUACUGCCAGCUCAAAUCCCACUGGUUGGCCAUGUCCAGAAAUCGGUUUACUUGACAAGUUUUGUGAUGAGGAUAGAGUAGUAAAAAUGUGCUUGCCAACUUUGGGAUGGAGCUCAAACGAGAAAGCCGAACCAAUUAUUUGUGCUUUGCAAAACUGUAAGCUCCCUACUUUUCCCGGUGAUUUAUCCUGGUUAGCCAGAGGUUCAAAAGCUGCAGAGGAGAUAGAGAACCAGAGAACACAGCUUGAGAAUUGCUUGAUCCAGUACCUGACUCAGACUAGUAAGACUAUGGGAAUUUCUUUGGCAACAAAAGAGGCACGUGUCACAAUGCAAAGCUGUGCCAGGCUUGAGCUACGUGGCUCAAACUACCAUGUAGUUCCCCAUUGGGGUAUGAUUUUUCGUCGAAUCUUCAACUGGCGUUUAAUGGGUUUAUCUAGCAGGGAAAUCUCCAUGGCUUAUAUUUCAGAACAUCAUCAUCAUGUUGCUCUUCCAAAUGUGAGACCUGAAACAUCGCUAUCUUAUUAUCCGGACACGUCUCUAGAUGAAAUAAUCAGUGUUAGCUGCAACUCUCCUCUUCCCGUUAAGCAUCAACCACUUCAACGUCUUCCACAGAGGGAUUCAAAUAAUGUAUUCCAUGAGACUGUUAACCAGAGGGAUGAUGGUAGCAAUAUUCAGCUUGAUAAAUUACCUAGCAUGGAUUCAGCUACAACAUUUUUUAAUGGAAAACCAAAUAAAGAAGCUGACAAGUUAAGCAAGUUAUUGGAGCAAUGUAACUUUCUGCAGGAUAGCAUAGAUAAGAAGCUUUUUGUAUACUACUAA